UCACCAUACGCCAACACCGUCAUCGUCCGCAACAACCCGUCCAUGUUCCGCAUAGCGCGCGAAAUUGAGAAGGGCGAGAAGGAGCGCGACGACAUGUUCGUCGUCGACGAGGUCGAGAGCUCGACGGACGCGAUGAAGCCCAUCAAGUUCCUCCACGUCCCCUCGAACCAGCUCCAGAAGCUCUACCGCGCGCAGUACGUGCGGUGGGUGAAGCAGCAGACGGGCAAAGGAAAGAUCGAGCGCUACUCCGUCCUCAUCGUGGUGGGCAAUGGGAAGGGCCUCAUUGGCCUCGGGGAAGGCAAGGGCCUCGACUACAUGGGCGCGAUGAGCAAGGCGUUCCCGCAGGCGGUCCGCAACAUGGACUAUAUCGAGCGGUUCGAGGAUCGCACCAUCUGGACGGAGAUGGAGACGAAGUUCGGCGCGACACGCAUAAUCCUCCGCCCGCGCCCCGUCGGUUUCGGUCUCGCGACGAACCCAAUCAUCCACGAGGUCUUCAAGGUCGCGGGGAUCAAGGACGCGAGCGCGAAGGUGUGGGGGAGCAGGAACCCGUACCACGUCAUGAAGGCCGUCGUGCGCAUGCUCCUCCCCGGACAUAUGCCGGCGUUGAUGGGCGACGGUGUCGGUGGGCAGGGUCGGACGAUGGAGAAGGGCAGGGAAAUGCGGUCGGUGAUGGAGAUCGAGCGGGACCGGGGCAGGAAGAUCGUCCCC